UGUCGAAGACGCUGUUCGAUACUUCGAUUGUAGCAUGGCCGAAGUUGAGGAGAGUAAUAGAAAUAAACAAAUUAAGAAGCGAACACGAAACCCGUCUGAGUGGCAACGAGAAAAGAGGAAAAGAUUGAGAGUAGCAGGAAAGUCAUACAUAAAUAGCAAAGGUGAUGUUGUUCAGGAGAGAAAAAUUGGAGAGGACUGCAAAUGUCGUCGUAAAUGUUACAAAAUUGUAACAGAAGAUGUCAGAAACAAGCUUUUUGAUGGAUAUUAUUCACUGAAGAGCCAUGAUGAGCAGAAUGCUUACUUGUUUGGCCUGAUACGUAAAUACGAUAUUGCAAGAAAAAGAUGCAAGGACAGUGAUCGAAGAACAUGCAGCUAUCGUUACUUUGUCAGGCACCGAGGGAAGGAAGUGCAGGUCUGCAGGCUAGCAUUUGCACAUAUUCAUGGUAUUUCUGCACAUAAGAUUAGGAUACUGUGCCAGAAACAGGACCAGAAUGUUAUGUAUCCUCGUGAUGGGCGAGGAAAGCAUGACAACCGACCCACGAAAAUAUCAGAUCAGACACGGAAUCAGAUAAAAGAGCACAUUUACUCAAUAAUUAAAUCAGAUAGGGUCCGGGAAUUUUUUAAGGAAGAAAAACAUAGUGGACCAGAUGUAAACAUUACGAAAAUGUGGAAGGACUAUCUACUGAAGUACGAUCCAAAUUACUGUGACAGUGUAUCAGACAAUGAAAAAGUAACAGCACCAAUGAACCAUAGUGGUAACAGUUUGGUAUCUGAUAACUUACAGCUGCCAGUGUUUACUAGCAGUCUUGGACCAGAAAUGACUCAACAGCAACAUUUACCUUACUCAAAUACUAUCAAUCUUUCACACUAUCAUGUGCCAUCUAUGAGCAGUAAUCUGGAACUCUUUGGGAAUGAUGGAAGCCAGUAUGAAGAUCAGGAAAGGCUAAACUCUCAUAGCAAACAAGAUACCCGACCACCUCCAAUUAUAAAACAUUGGUUGUAUAGCAAAGUCUUCCAUGAGGAAUUUAAAUUACAUGACUUUGUUUCAUUAAAAAAGAAACUAUGUUCCUUCAAAGAUAGUGAUAAGUCUCAAAUGAGCCAGCAAGCAAACAAAUCAGAGCGCAAACAGAAGACACCUAAGAAAAUCAGUCGAGACAAAGAUUCUGUUGGUGACAUAACAGGUGGACAAAACAUAGUGAAUGUCUCUGAUGGUCAUAAUGGAGUGAUUGAAAGUUCUGGGCAUCUUCAGAUGCCACCAGUAAAUUCUAGUUCUUCACCUGACAUGUAUAUUUUGCCAGUGAAUUUGCAAGAUCUUCCUCCUCUGAAUCAGCCAAGUGAAAUGUUGCAUCAGCACCAUCAACACCACACUAUGCAGCUUAACCUCCACACUUAUUCUACACCCCAGGCCAGUGUUAUAAACCCCCUCGUCCACAAUCAGCCUCCGUGUACAGCAAUGAUGGGACCCGUAGGCCUAAGUCAGAACUCUUGUGGAGCAUAUGCCCCUGCUGCUGCAUUUUACUAGUGUGUUAUUCUCCCCAUAUAAUACUUAAUAAUAAUUAUUUAUAAAGGCAUUAUAUGUGAAAGACUUCUUACAACCUGUAAGUUAGUUUGUGAAGCGAUUUUAUGUAAAAUUUUAAGUCACUGUAAUUUUUUAGUGCAUCAUCUAUUCAGAUUUCUCAAACAUUGUGUCAUGUUUAUUGUGUAGAGAAGGAAAAUAAAUAUUAUCUGUCUUUUGCAUCAGAAUGUUUAUUUUGCUUCAACAGUAUAAGGAAAAGAUAGAUUGCUACUCAUCAUAAAGAUGCCACAUUGAGUUGCAGGCAGGUACAACGAAAAGACACUUACACGUUAGCUUUUUACGACUGUCAGAAAAGGAAAAACACACACACACACACACACACACACACACACACACACACACACACACACACACACACACACACACGUGUAAGCACACGCCAUUUGCAGUAGUCUGGAGCAGAGUGCCUGCUUGAGGUGCAAUUUGUGUGUGUGUGUGGGGGGGGGGGGGUGUUUCUUUCCUUUUCUGAUGAAGGUUCUGUGAAGAUUCUAGCCAAAAGCUAAUGUGUAAAUGUCUUUUCAUUGUGCCUGUCUGCCAUUCAACAUACCGUCUUUAUGGUGAGUAGCCUGGAGUUUCCAUUGUUUUAUUUCUUUCCAGUCAGAUAUGUUUCCACGUACUGAUAUGGGGCAUCAUCAGUAAUUUUUUAUGAAUAGUAAACAUGAAAACCACCGAGAGUACUACCCAACGAAAUUAUUUGCACUGGGCCUUCCUUGGCCACUAUUGGAACACACUGUGACCUUAACAGUAAACAAGUACACUGGUGAUUAUGGAAAAUGCAUCACAGUGUCAAUGCUUUCAGGUCAGCUGUGCACAUACUAUUAAGUGGUUCAGCAUGUCCUCAUGAUAAAAACUCACAAUACACUGACCGAAGUGCCCUCACCCCCCAAGUGCCAUAGUAUAGUGGUCAACUAAUACCUAAUAUGAAUAUGUAGAAUGUGUGUGGUUGAAAAUGAAACAAACAUUCUGUUGCAAAAGACUGAUAAUAUUUAUGCUUAACUUGUUGAUAAACAUAACUGAAGUAGCAACUGAGAAUGAAUGGCUGCAAAUAUUUAAAAAAAAAUAUAUAUUGUUUUUUGUGUAAUCUACAAAUGUAUCAAAUUGAUAUCAUUUAAUUCACAUGCAUAUUCCCCAGUUUUCAGAAGAUAAUUCAGAUUGGUUUAAACAUAUUUCCUUCUGUUUUUGGUCAUGUGUGUGUUUGUUUGUUUUUAAAUUAGUUAUAGUUCAUUUAGGACGCAAAACUUCAUAAUUUUAUCUGUCUCUGGUCAUUAUUGUUCCUUGUCCAUCAUACAAAGUGUAAAAAACUAUGUAUACAAAAUUGUUGAGUGUUUAGAGGAGAUAAAAAACACUUAUGUGUCAAAAAUAUCAUGUGUACUCUGGUAUUGGGUGCUGCAGAGGUGGAAUGCCAAUGGAGAAGAUGGACCUCAGCAGUCGAUAUAGGGCACCACGGCAAGUGCACCUCUGAUGCUCUUGUUUGAUGCCCACGAAUCAAUCUUCGCUAUACUAGAACUGUUGGAUAAGUGCCUACGUGUCAUCUGGAUACUUUGUUUGGUUUCAUCUUGGAUUGAUCUCUCCGCAGCUCUUGAUCUUGUUGUCAUCACUGUGGUGACUGAUUUGCGUAGCACCUCACUGUUGUAACAUUGUUUGUCCUUGUCCUGUCUGUAGUCUGUCUGUCACAUUUUGUUCUCUGUACCGUUGAUUUGGGUUACUCUUCCUCAGGCGGCUCUCCCUCCUGGCAGCUCCCUCUGUUUCUGCAUUCACCAAGGUUUGAAUUGAUAUCCAGCUACCACUGGCAGAGCAUGUACCGUUUCCCCACCAUGAAGGUUUUGACACUAGCGAUGUUCAGAGAUAGUGUUCAGACUUACAUGUGAGGAAUAUUGUUUUAGAGAUAUUGCUGAAAACGUCAUCCAUUUAUGUUAUGGCACAAGCUGCAUCUGUGUCCUAACAACUGUCUGAACUAAACCACCAGAUGUUUCACAAAUAAAAGUUGUAGCUUCAGCCAAACAGGCAACCAACCCUUCUGGAGUUGUUAUCUGUAUCUCUCACACCAAAUGCUUCAUCUCACCCAACAAAAAGAAAUCUGUAAGAGUGAUGUCAGGAGAACAUGAUGAUCAUGAUGCAUGUUUUUGUAAAAUCACUCCUUUUGGAGAUUAUUUACUUUUCCUUAAGAUCCUCCCACUGAAUCUCAGCCUGACAUGUGCUUUUCGUACAGUCAGUUUUAUGUGGAAGUCGCAUUUUAGGUCACUCUGAAUGGUUACUCCAAAGUAUUGUACAAUUGUUACUGUUUCCAGCGAUUUGUCACCAGUAGUAUAAUCUCUCCACCUAUGUGCGCAAUACAUAACAUUUAAUUACAUUCAGGGUAAUGACAACUUAACCUUUAAUAGCAAUAAAAUGUUACUGUGUUGCAAAUCAGAUUCCAGUGUCAGUGUGCUGCAUGUGAAGCAGUCAAAACAACUGUGAAUGUUGGCCUAAGAGAAGUCCAGUGUCAAACGUGUGACACUUGUCUCAUAUAACAGAAGUGCUUCUUUUCAUCUCCUCUAAACGUUCACGCAAAAACUCUGCACAAUUACAUGAAAUAAUAUUUGCAAACCAGACAUCUGCAUGUCUUUGAUCAGCAGUUAAAGACAUUAGAAUUUUAUAUGCCCAUUUUACGCAUUUGGUAUGCCACAGUUUUUAUGGCUUGUAUUGAGCUUAAAUUAUCAUCACAUUCUAAAGUUUGUACAUUCGACUCUGAAGCUUUGCUGUGAACUAACACCUGGAUGUAUCUAAAUGCAAGUCACAUGAAAUUUAUAUCCAUUACCUUCUGCUUCUAACAGUGAGAUUAAAAAUGUUUAUUGUUUAAUUAUAUGUAAGAUAUUUUGAUAAGAAGAAAUUUCAUACUUGAUUUUUGUGUUAUAAAGGUGCUGUGUGCGCUGAUCUGAAUACAGCAUACCUUUUCAACUCUUGACACAUUCUACAAGUUAUAAAAUUGUGUCAUAAUCACUGAAAUGGAUUUUAUGAACUUUGCUGUGUAACAUCUCAACAAAAUUGAGACCUCAAAUGAAGCCAUGUUAGAUGCUCACAUUAAAUGUUGCAUGUUUGCAACAGUGUUCAUUAAUUCACCAUGAUGCCAAAUAAUGUCAUUGUGCUACACUUAUCACUGUAGUAAGUGUACUUGUAAAUAUAUAAUUGACAUUUGGAUAAAUGCACAGAGUUUAUACUGUACAUUAUUGAUAUAAUAUGGUAUAUACAAGUUACACCAUGAAACAAUGUAACAAUGAAAGGUAGAUUCCAACGUAUGAGGCAUCUUAGGAAAGCACACAUUUCACUUCAUGUCAGCUUUUGGUUAACUCUAUUACUGAAAAUGAAACUAGAAUGACUCAGGCAUGAUACAGUUGCUGGUCAGGCAGUGUGUAUGUAAGGCUUGAAACAGACUUUUGCUGAAUCUAAUCCUUCCAAAAAUACCUGCAGACCAAUUUUCAACUAGCAUUACAU